AUGUCCUCCACAGCCACCGACGUGAACCGUCCUUCAGCAGAUGCUGUCUUUGAGAAGUCACACAACCACAACCUCAACAUCACCUCUUCUCACAAUGGCAUGACUAUCUCGCCUGAGCUGUUCGAGAAGCUGUACCUCACCCCUAAGACUCCCCGCCAUGGCAACAACAUCAAGCGCUUCGCCAAUGCGGUGCCCAUGGGUUUCACUGGCUUCGUCAUCUCGACCUUCACCUUCUCCAUGAUCCUGAUGGGCUUCGCUGGUACUAGCAGUCUUGCUGGUGUUGUCGGUAUCUUCUUCUUCACUGGUCCUGUUCUUCUCGGUCUCGCUGCCAUCUUUGAGUGGAUUCAGGGCAACUUCUUUACCAUGAACUCCCUUUCGCUUUUCUGUGUCUUCUGGCUCUCAUUCGGCAUGAUCCAACUCCCUUCUCUCGGCAUCGCUGCAUCCUACUCACCUACUGGUAAUGCUGCCGAAGGUGCCGCCAGCCCCGACUACAACAACGCCAUUGCUCUCUACCUUAUCGUCUGGGGCUUUGCUUUCGUUACAUACUUCAUCUUCUCGCUCAAGACCAACGCCAUCUUCGCUGGUAUCUUUGGUGUCGCCGCCAUUGCCGUCUACGUUCUUGCUGGUGCUUACUUCAAGGUUGGCACUGGUGACUACGCCAUGGCUGGUAACCUUCAAAUCGCUGGUGGUGCUCUUCUGUUCGUUGUCGCUGCGUUGGGUUGGUACAUUACCUUCGUCAUCAUGGCUGCUGAGAUGCGUCUGGGCAUUAACUUCCCUGUCGGUGAUCUUAGCCACCUCUGGCCUGCCACCGACGUUGAGUUGACCGAGAUCGAGAAGCAGGCUUAG